CAUAAUAAAAAGAGCAGCAAGGGAGCGAGGCACCUGCACCUGCUUUUAAAACCCUUUACUUAGCACUAAUCUGUUGCAGGCAGAAUAAAAAGUCUGCAGAUCUGGAUAUAUUUUAAAACACUUUUUUUUUCCUUUUUUUUUUUUUUUUUUCCUUAAGGAUAGAAAGUAGUUUUGGAAGUAGUUGCUGAGAAGAUCAACCACUUUUGGCCAGGGUGAUCUCUGAGAGGCACAGAGGGCUGUAACUCAAGGAAAAGGUUUAAGCCCCGGAGGAUAUGAUGUUCACGAAACUCUUUCAGCAGUGGAGUUUCGCGGUGUUUCUGCUGAGUUAUUCUGUGCCCUCCUACGGAAGAUCAGUAGAGGGGAUCAGCCGCAGACUCAAACGGGCUGUAUCAGAGCACCAGCUACUGCAUGACAAGGGCAAAUCAAUCCAAGACUUACGAAGAAGGAUAUUCCUUCAAAAUUUAAUUGAAGGUGUCAACACUGCAGAAAUCCGUGCAACUUCAGAGGUCUCACCUAACCCUAAGCCUGCUACCAACACGAAGAACUACCCUGUCCGAUUUGGCAGUGAAGAUGAGGGCAGAUACCUAACUCAGGAGACAAACAAAUCACAGACCUACAAGGAGCAGCCCCUGAAGGUAUCAGGGAAGAAAAAGAAAACAAAGCCUGGAAAACGUAAGGAACAAGAGAAGAAAAAGAGGCGAGCUCGCUCAGCUUGGCUAAAUUUUGGCAUGUAUGGAAGCAAUGUAACUGAGAACCCAGUCUUGGACAACUCUGUUACUACACAUAAUCAUAUUUUAAGGAGGCGCUGAUAUUUUCAGCAAGACAACUUUGGAAGACAUAUUGCAGUAUUCUGUAAUAGCAAACAUAGAACAUAUGGGAAGUAUUAAAAUAUUUAUUACCUGUAAAUAUUGUAAAUGCUCAGAAUAAAAUCUUUUUGCCCCAUUGCUCUCUGAACUGCACAUUUGGUUAUUGUGAGUUUUCCUUUUUUUUUUUUUUUUCCUUUCCCCCCCCCCCCCUUUUUUUUUUUUUUUUUUUUUUUUUAUUGGGCUUAAGGCUAAGACAGUUAUUAUUGUCACAUUUACCCUAAUUUAUUUUGUUGACUGGUGUAUUUAUUUUGUGAACGUAUCUUGGUGCUGCUGACUUUCUCUAUUUUUUGUAACAUAAUGCACUUUAGAUAUAUAUUGAGAACUGAUAUAAAAUGUUCCUGUUUUGUGGUUGUCUUCAAAUGAAUGCCUACACAAAAUUUUUCAAACUGAUUUUCCUUUGUGCAUGUAUAAUAGCAGUAUUUUAAAAUUUGUAAAGAAUGUUUAAUAAAAUAUAAUCUAAUUAAAUCA